ACCCUUGCAUAGAAGUACCUCACGCUUUAACAACGGUACCUCUUCAUACCCUUUCCCCGUUUUCUCCAAACACUAUAAAUACAAACAAUCAAUUUAAUUUUCUUCCAACUCCUGAAAAUUGUGCUUAUAUCCGAGGAAGCAACUGAAGAAAUUAAUCUCUGUCGUCUUUGUUAAGGUUUCGCUGGUUCAUUUGUCGCAGAUUUAAGCAAGUAAUUAUUGCAAUGGAGGCGUCGACGGGUGCUGAACUUGAGAUGCAGCCGGAACCCUCCGUAACGGCGGCGGAGGUGGCGGAGGAGGGUGAGGAUCAGCAAGAUGACGAAGAAAAUGAUAUUUUGAUGGCGACAGCGCAGUCUUUGAUUGAUAAAAUCACUGCGGACUCUGACAACCCUAGCCCCAAAGUGCUUCAUGCUCUCUCCACUAUUCUCGAAACUCAAGAAUCCAGAUACAUGGAAGAUGCAGAUCACUCUUCAACAAAUAAUGGCAGCGUGGACAAGUUUUGGUUUUCGUUUCCAGUGCGCUGUGGACUAGGUUGUGUGAGCGCUCACCUUUUGAACAAGUAUUCUGCUGCUAAUCACUUUUUUCUCUUUCUGCAGGACAAUGAUGAAUUUUUUGAAUUGAUAUCUUCUAAGUUUUUGACUGAAAAUAGAUACUCAACAACUGUACAAGCGGCUGCAACAAGGCUUCUCGUCAGUUGUUCCUCAACUUGGACGUAUCCGCACGUUUUUGAUGAUGAUGUUCUAGCUAACAUAAGAGGCUGGGUGAUGGAGGAGAUACCAAGGUCAUCUGGUGAGGAUCGUAACUGGAAGCAUGAUACAGGGAAAAGAAAAGCAUCAGAUUCUGAAAUGUUGCGAAGUUAUGCCACUGGUCUUCUUGCUGUAUGCUUGGCAUGCGGUGGCCAACUAGUGGAAGAUGUGUUAACAUCUGGAUUAUCAGCUAAAUUAAUGCGGUUUCUACGUAUCCGUGUUUUGGGCGACACAAACGCUAACCAAAAAGAUGGUAAUCCAUUUAGUGACAACAGAAGUGCAUCAACCACCGCAAUCCCCAAAGCCAAGGAAGAAUGUAGGGGUAGGUUGCGGCCAGUGGUGGAAACUUCUGUGUUGGAUGCACCCAAUAGAGAUCCUGCUUUCUUAGACAAUCCUGAUAGGGAUAGUGAUCGGUGUGUCAGUAGGCAGUCAUAUGGAGAUGAAUAUUGGGCUGAUGAGGAACCUACUGAUUGCAUGGUGCUCGAGGUUGAUGCUCAUGAGGCAGAAGAAGAUGGUGAACAGAAAACCAAUAUUAGAGUUUCGGGUGAGUCUAAAACGAAGCCUUCUGGAAAAUCCCAAAGGGAAGAAGAUGUUGACGAAAAUGUCAGAGAUGAGUCUUCAAGACGAAGGCCAAUUCGUGGAUUGUCCAGAUUUCGAGGAAAGGGUGUAUCAGAGAAUGAGCUAUCGUUGACAUCUCCAGGUUCUGGAAGUAGGUCAGGACAGGCACGGAGUGGGAAAGACAGAAGAAAUCAAGAUCCUAAAAAAGCUUCAGAUGAGAAAAAGGGCAUGAGUAGAAUUAAUACUGAUUAUUUUAUCCAUGAAAGAGAUGAUAAUGAUGAUUGUUUCCAAGACUGUAAAGUUGGUUCUAAAGACAUCACUGAUUUGGUAAAAAAAGCUGUCAAAGCUGCUGAAUCUGAAGCAAGAGCAGCUGAUGCUCCUGUUUUAGCUAUAAGGGCAGCCGGUGAUGAUGCUGCCGAAGUAGUGAAGACUGCUGCAUUGGAGGAAUACAACAAAACAAAGGAUGAAGAAGCUGCAGUGCUUGCUGCUUCAAGAGCUGCAUCCACAGUUAUAGAUGCUGCAAAUGCAGUUGCUCUCGCAAGAAAUUAUAGAAACGCCGAUGAUAUUUCAGGAAACUCAAAGCCAACAGAUCCAGAAACUAGUGAAGAUGUUCUGGAGUUCUCCAUUCCCGACCCCCCCUCCCUAGCAAAGCUAAGGGAGAAGUUCUGUAUCCAGUGUCUUGUUAUUCUAGGGGAGUACGUCGAAGUUCUUGGUCCUGUACUUCAUGAAAAGGGUGUCGAUGUUUGUGUUGCACUGCUGCUGAGAAGUUCUAAGAAUAGAGAGGCGUUAAAUAAUUUGCACCUUUUACCUGAUAUUCUGAAGGUAAUCAGCGCAUUAGCUGCUCAUCGGAAGUUUGCUGCAUUAUUUGUGGAUCGCGGUGGCAUGCAGAGACUCCUUGCUGUUCCAAGAAACGCCGAAACAUUUUUUGGUCUCUCGGCCUGUUUAUUUACCAUUGGUUCGAUUCAGGGAAUAAUGGAGCGUGUUUGUGCCCUUCCUUCAAAUAUAGUCCACCAGGUUGUUGAGCUGGCUCUCCAACUUCUCGCGUGUCCACUCGAUUAUCAGGCACGGAAGAACGCUGCUUUAUUUUUUGCUGCUGCUUUCGUCUUCAGAGCUGUUAUUGAUGCAUUUGAUGAACAAGAAGGUUUGCAGAAACUGCUCUCCCUUUUGCAUGAUGCUGCCUCAGUGAGGUCAGGUGUGCCACCUGGAUCAUCAAGUAAUGGUGGAUCACUUCGAAAUGACAGAUCCCCUGCUGAGGUACUCACCUCUUCAGAGAAGCAGAUAGCCUAUCACACAUGUGUGGCACUAAGGCAAUAUUUUAGAGCACAUCUUCUCUUGCUUGUGGAUUCAGUUCGACCCACUAAAAACAUCCGGAGUGCUCCCAGGAACAAUUCAAGGUCGGGUUACAAGCCUCUUGACUUAAGCAAUGAGGCGCUGGAUGCUGUAUUUCGUCAGAUACAAAAGGAUCGGAAACUCGGUCCUGCACUCGUGAGGGCACGUUGGCCUGUGGUCGACAAAUUCUUGGGUUUGAAUGGUCAUAUAACCAUGUUGGAGCUGUGCCAGGCUCCCGCAGUCGACCGUUAUUUGCACGAUUUGCUUCAGUAUGCACUUGGUGUAUUGCAUAUUGUGACUCUGGUUCCUUAUAGUCGCAAACCUAUUGUGAAUGCCACACUAAGCAAUGAUCGAGUGGGUAUAGCUGUUAUUUUGGAUGCAGCAAAUGGUGCUGGUUAUGUUGAGCCUGAGAUUGUUGAGCCGGCAUUGAAUCUGUUGAUAAAUCUUGUCUGCCCUCCUCCGUCAAUCAGCAACAAACCAAGUCAAGGUCAACAAUUUUCUUCCCUAACCGGAAACCAAGUUUCCGAGAGAGCUCCAAAUGUUCCUAGUCAGAACGAACCAAGGGAAAGAGAACCAGCUUCUGUAGAUAGAGGGAACUCAUCAGCAGCGAUAUCAUCAUCUACUGGUAAUGCGUCAUUACAAGUGUCUGCAUCUACAGUUACUUCUGGGUUGGUUGGAGAUCGUAGAAUAUCUUUAGGUGGAGGAGCGGGUUGUGCUGGGCUUGCUGCACAACUCGAACAAGGGUAUCAUCAAGCUAGAGAAGCCGUUCGAGCAAACAACGGUAUCAAAAUCCUUCUUCAGCUUCUCCAACCUCGGAUGGUGACAUCUCCUGCUGCUCUCGAUUGUCUCCGUGCUCUCACAUGCCGGGUUCUUAUUGGAUUAGCCAGAGAUGAUACAAUUGCACACAUACUGACUAAGCUUCAGGUAGGGAAAAAACUCUCAGAACUUAUUCGAGAUUCGGGGAGCCAAACCACCGGGGGUGAACAGAACAGGUGGCUAACAGAACUCAUCCAAGUGACAAUUGAGUUGAUUGGGGUUGUGACUAAUUCUGGGCGUGCAAGUACUCUAGCUGCCUGUGAUGCAGCUACCCCGACUUUAAGGCGUAUUGAGAGAGCCGCUAUAGCUGCAGCUACUCCUAUUUCAUAUCAUUCUAGGGAACUUUUGCUCCUGAUCCACGAGCACCUACAAGCAUCUGGUUUAGCAGACAGUGCAGCUGCACUUCUCAGAGAGGCUAAGUUGAUACCCUUACCUUCUUUGGCUGCCCCAUCAUCUUUGGCACAUCAAGCCUCCGGACAAGAAUCUUCCGCUGUACAAAUUCAAUGGCCAUCUGGACGUGCACCCUUAGGCUUCUGGUCAGAUAAACCGAAUAUUCCCCCUCAGCAGAAGGAUCCUAGCUCGAGUUGCGAUUCUAUUGCCAUGUCCGCUAAGAAGAAACCAUUAUCAUGCUCAGAUGCACAUGGUUCCUCAAUAGCUGUACCCGGAAUUGACGACAGCUCUGUACCGUCGAUUAGCCAAACAAAUCUUAGUUCACUGAAAGUGUCCGUGCCUGCCGAAGUUUUAGGAACCCCAUCAGUUUCUUCUUUUAAAUCUGGCGGGGAGACGGACACCCAAAUCAGAACCCCAAUAGUGUUGCCUUUGAAACGCAAAUUUAACGACUCGAAAGAAAGUGGCCCGUGUUCAUUAGCAAAGAGACUCAACACGAGCGAGAAUGCUCUUAAAUCUCCCGGUUUUGCCACGACUAGUAGUAUACGUAGAAAUAAUGUACAGUCAGAUGCAAACCUAUCAUCCACUCCCAUUUCUGCAUCCAAAGGUCACAACAGCUGGCAUGCACCAAAUACUGAUGAAAACCCGCUGACCCUUCAGCCUACUUCCGCUCAACCUGCAUUUCUGUCUGACUCACAGCCCUCGGGCUCCGAACGGCUGACCUUGGAUUCCCUCGUCGUUCAGUAUUUGAAACAUCAGCACCGCCAGUGCCCGGCUCCUAUUACGACUUUACCCCCACUUUCGCUUUUGCACCCUCACGUCUGUCCCGAACCAAAAAGAAGCCUUGAUGCCCCAUCUAAUGUCACAGCCAGGCUUAGCACCCGCGAAUUCAGAAACAUGUAUGGCGGGAUUCACGGGAAACGCAAGGACCGCCAAUUUGUGUACAGCCGAUUCAGACCGUGGAGAACUUGCAGGGACGACAAUAGUUCCUUAUUCACCUGUAUUGCUUUCCUUGGGGACUCGUCCCGUAUUGCCCUUGGCAGUCACACUGGGGAGCUGAGAGUGUUUGAUUCGAACAACAACACCGUCUUGGAGAGCUUCGCUAGCCACCAGUCUCCUCUCACCCUUGUGCAGAGUCACUUUUCCGCAGAGAAUCAGUUUGUCCUGUCUUCGAGUUCUAUGGAUGUUCGGUUGUGGGACGCUUCCUCAAUUUCCAGUGGGCCCAAGCACUCGUUUGAUGGAAUCAAAGCUGCCCGUUUCAGCAAUUCGGGCUCGAAGUUUGCCGCAUUGCGGGCCGACUCGUCUCGCCGGGAGAUUCUUUUGUAUGAUGUCCAUACGUAUCAGCUGGACAUGACGUUAACGGAUGCAUCGAGCAAUAUCUCGGGCCGUGGCCAAGCAUACUCACUCGUUCACUUCAGCCCUUGCGAUUCCAGGCUUCUUUGGAAUGGGGUGUUGUGGGACCACAGGAGCCCAGACCCGAUACAUCGGUUUGAUCAGUUCACUGACUAUGGCGGUGGAGGAUUUCAUCCUGCUGGGAAUGAGGUGAUCAUAAACUCAGAGGUAUGGGACCUACGCAACUUCCGUCUUCUGCGGAGUGUCCCAUCACUGGACCAGACUACCAUCACGUUCAAUGCUGGGGGAGACGUUAUCUACGCCAUCCUGAGGCGGAACCUUGAGGACGUGACCUCGGCCUUCAACGGCCGGCGUGUGAAGCACCCUCUCUUUUCUGCCUUCCGCACGGUUGACUCGGUCAACUAUUCCGACAUCGCCACCAUCCCAGUUGACCGCUGUGUGCUCGAUUUUGCCACCGAGCCCACCGACUCCUUUGUGGGACUCGUCACCAUGGACGAUCAGGAUGAGAUGUACUCUUCCGCUCGGGUUUAUGAGAUUGGCCGGAGGAAGCCGACCGAUGAUGAUUCGGACCAAGAUGACGCAGAGAGCGAGGAAGAUGAUGAGGAGGAGGGUGACGAGGAGGAUGAUGAUGAUGACGAGGAUGGAGAUGAAAUUUUGGAAGAGGAGAUGGAUGGGGACGAUUUGAGCGAUGAUGAUGAUAUUGCGAGUGAGUUUGCUGAUGGCGAGGAAGAUGUUGAUUUCUUGGUUGAUGACGUGGACUUGGAUGAUGGGAUUUUGGAGAUUGUGUCCGAGGGUGAUGAGGACGAUGAGGAUGAUGAGGUGAUGGAGUCGUUUAGCAGUGAGGAUGAGGAUGAUUUGUUUUGAUGUGGUGCGGCUUGAGUAGUUGGAAGAAUAAGGUUGGUGUCUUUUCUUU